AUGGAUAUAGUGGCCAAAAGGUGCAUAAAUUGUGAGCAAGGAGCGGUCCGUGCUGUUCGUUACAAUGUUGAUGGUUCGUACUGUUUGUCAUGCGGAUCGGACAAAAAAAUUAAGCUAUGGAAUCCACGAACGGGGCUUCUACUGAAGACGUACGGUGGCCACGCAGAUGAAGUGAUGGAUGCAGCGGGGAGCUGUGAGAGUAGUUUCAUCGUAUCCGCCUCCCUUGAUAAGAGUGUCAUUUACUGGGAUGUAUCUACCGGUUUGCCUGUGCGACGGCUUCGCGGCCAUGCAGGUGGAGUAACCUGUAUACGGUUCAAUGAGGAAUCGUCGAUUGCCGUUUCCGGUUCUAAGGACAAUACGGUGGCUUGUUGGGAUAUUCGGACUCGUAAGCUGGACGCCGUUCAGACGAUGCGAGAGGCGAAGGAUUGUAUUACGGCGCUGGUAGUGAGUGAGCACAAGAUAAUCUCCAGCUCUCUCGAUGGCUCGAUCAGACAAUACGACAUUCGUGCCGGAGAACUAGUAUGUGAUACAAUCGGCGUUCCCAUAACACAUCUCGUUCAAACACGCGAUGGCCAGUGCUUACUUGCAGCAUGCUCCGAUGGAACGAUACGUUUGAUUGAUAACGAUUCAGGUGAACUGUUGUCAGAAUAUAAAGGACACCGAGUGGAUGACUACACUAUUGAAUGUGGUAUCAUUAUGAAGGAUACCAAAAUUAUAUCGGGCUCCGCAGAAGGGGUCGCAGUCAUAUGGGAUUUACUCGAAGGUACCGAAGUGCGGCGACUACGGAUAGGCAACGAGGUCGUACAUUCACUUGCACCCCAUCCGACGGGUGGAGACAUUUUAUUCGCACGUAAACGUCAUAUAGAAGUGUGGGGAAAUCCUGAAGAAGAUGCUGACGACGAUUAAACAAUC